GAGAGGGGAGGAAGAGGGGGGGGGAGAGAGAAGAAUUCAAUGCUCUAAAGCUGAUAGAAUCAUAGAAUUUUAAAAUAGGCAAAAAAGGGAAAAAAAACAAACAAAUACAACUAUCCAUAAUCUCUCUACUUACAUCCCAUGCUCUUAGAUUUGUCCAACGUCUGAUCGCUCCAAUAAACAUAAGCUUGAAUCCGAUCAGAUAUGGCAUCAAUGGUUGCAAAGGCUUGUAGCAGUACUUCCAGUCAAAUGCCUGCUAUGACGGUACAAGAAAAAGGAAGUAGGAAUAAGAGAAAGUUCCGGGCGGAACCACCGUUAUCUGAUCCCAGCAAGGCCAUCCCUUUACCUUCAAAUGAAUGCACUAGUUUUGAAUUCUCAGCUGAAAAAUUUGAGAGUCAUGGGCGUACAAAUGGAUGUGAUGUGUGUUGUAUAAACCAAGAUGGUUCUGAUGCUUUGAAACUUGAUCUUGGAUUGUCUUGUGCUGUGGGAACAUCUGAGGUAGGGGUGAGCCGACCUAGAGAGGAGAUAGAGGCAUCAGCAGAUGAGUUUCAUGAUGCUGAUUGGAGUGAUCUUACAGAAUCUGAGCUAGAAGAACUUGUUUUGAACAAUCUGGACACAAUUUUCAAGAGUGCAAUUAAGAAAAUAAUUGCUAGCGGUUACAGUGAAGAAGUUGCUACUAAGGCUAUUUUGAGGUCUGGCCUUUGGUAUGGGUGUAAAGACACCGUAUCAAAUAUUGUGGACAACACACUAGCAUUUCUAAGAAGCGGUCAGGAAAUCGAUCCCUCAAGGGAGCACUAUUUUGAGGAUUUGCAACAGAUGGAGAAGUACAUAUUGGCAGAGUUGGUUUGCCUCUUAAAAGAGGUGAGACCUUUCUUCAGCACUGGAGACGCAAUGUGGUGUUUGUUGAUAUGUGAUAUGAAUGUAUCACAUGCUUGUGCCAUGGAUGGUGAUCCUUUGGGUGGUUUCCCCAGUGAUGCAACUACAAAUUCAAAUUCUACGGUUUCCGCUCAACCCCAGUUGAAAGCAGAGUUCAAUUCUGAAUCCAAUAUUUUCUUUCCUUGUAAACCGAAUACAUCAGUUGCUUAUGCUCAGCAUUGUCCAUCUGAGACGCCUAACCUUGCUUCAAGUCAUGGUGGACAUAGCUUGCAAUCUGAGGCACCGAAAAUUGCUAAUGGUCCUAACUUGAAAUCAAAAACUUCUUUUGUUUUACAUGGACUAGUCCCAGAUAAAGAUUGUCAAAACUCUACACCUAAUAUUUGUGAAAAACCUUCGUUUAGCGCAGCUGGAAUAUCCCACACAGCAGUUACGGAGGAGAAGUUUGUGGGCAGUAGAAAAGUCUCUGGUAUUACCAAAAGGGAGUACAUAUUACGUCAGAAGUCGAUGCAUUUUGAGAAACACUAUCGCACAUAUGGUUCUAAAGGAACAUCUAGAGCUGGGAAACUGAGCAGUUUUGGUGGCCUAGUCUUGGAUGAGAAACUUAAAGGCGUGGCAGAUUCUACGGGUAUAAAUGCGAAGAAUAGCCCCUUUAAGAUUAACAAGGCAGUUGGAUUUGAUGUUCCUCCAGAAAAUGUUAAUCAUAAUCUUUCAACAACCACUGGAUUCUCUUCAGUGCCAACAUUUGGUCUGGAAGCUGUUGAUCAAAGUUCUUCAUCUGCGUUACCACUGGUGCCGUUCAACACUUCACCUUCUUUACCUGUUGCUGAUACUGAGCUUUCUCUUUCGUUCCCUGCAAAAAGCAUUGCUAAUCCAAUGCCCAUUAGCUACAACAUUGAGUCUGCAAACUGUAGUUAUCUUGGUUCUUCAAAUGAUAAUAAGACUCUGGGGCAGUGGGCUCCACAGGAUAGGAAAGAUGAGAUGAUUAUGAAGUUGGUUCCGAGAGUGAGGGAAUUGCAAAAUCAGCUACAAGAAUGGACAGAGUGGGCAAAUCAGAAGGUCAUGCAAGCUGCACGAAGACUGAGCAAGGACAAAGCCGAGCUUAAAACACUUAGGCAAGAGAAGGAAGAGGUGGAGAGGCUGAAGAAAGAAAAGCAAACAUUGGAAGAGAACACAAUGAAAAAACUUUCUGAGAUGGAAAAUGCAUUGUGUAAGGCUAGUGGGCAGGUAGAGCGAGCUAAUGCUGCUGUCCGCAGGCUUGAAGUUGAGAAUGCUGCAUUAAGGCGUGAAAUGGAAGCUGCAAAAUUACGUGCUGCAGAGUCAGCUGCGAGCUGCCAGGAGGUGUCAAAGAGGGAGAAGACCACGCUGAUGAAGUUUCAGUCAUGGGAGAAACAGAAGACUAUUUUCCAGGAGGAGCUUUCAACUGAAAAGUGGAAGUUGAUGCAAAUGCAACAGAAGCUGCAGCAGGCUAAAGAUGUAAAGGAUCAAGUUGAGGGUAAAUUGAAUCAGGAAGAGAAAGCAAAGACUGAACUGCUUACACAGGCCAGUUCAUUUAGAAAAGAAAGAGAGCAGAUCGAAGUCUCCACUCAAUCCAAGGAAGAUAUGAUUAAAUUGAGAGCUGAAAGCAAUCUGCAGAAGUAUAAAGACGACAUCGAGAAGCUUGAAAAAGACAUCUCCCAGCUGAGGUUGAAGACCGACUCAUCAAAAAUAGCCGCCCUUAGAAGAGGUAUAGAUGGGAGCUAUGCCAGUAAACUCACCGACCUGAGAGAUUCUCCGGCCCUGAAAGAUUCCGCUAUUUCUUACAUCUCCAGAAUGGUAAUAUCCACAGACUUGACUGGGAAUGGGGGCGUCAAACGCGAAAGGGAAUGCGUGAUGUGUCUGUCCGAGGAGAUGUCCGUUGUUUUCCUCCCGUGUGCACAUCAGGUGGUAUGCACAAUGUGCAAUGAGCUCCACGAAAAGCAGGGAAUGAAGGACUGCCCAUCGUGCCGGAGCCCAAUCCACCGACGAGUUUGCGUACGUUAUGCUCACACUUAAAGUUAUUUCAGAAACGAGACGAGCUUUCUAAUAAUAAUGUUUGUGUGGGAUUGACUGACAAUAAAAUAGUGGAUGUCAAUGCUCUCUUCAGACAGUUGAGUUUGCAUUUUAUGAGUUCAACCAAAAAAGAAAAACAAAGGAUUGCGUCGAGUCUCUGGUUUGUAUAUGCUGGUUCCCUUUUUCGAUCAAAUAAAAAGUGUGGCUUCUUUCUUAUGUUU